CAUCCGUGCAUAUCAUAAGUUCAUUAACCCAGGUCGCAUACCACUUGGUUUUGCCAGUGCUGCGAAAGACCACAGUGAAGACACUCACGGGAUACCUAUCACCGGUUUCGAGUUGGGCACAACCAACUACUGGGCUGUUGUCCAAGACCUAAUGGCCUAUCUCAGACUCACCCAGGACGAUCCGGUUCUGCCGCCCUUCUUCUGCAUGCCCCACCACAUGCCCCAGGCCGAGGGCGUCCUGCGGUGGCUUGAAGAGCAUGCGAGGUGUGAACUGGACUUCCCCAUCUGGGACAUCGAAAUGCUUCUGCGCAAGCUGCGCAGUGUGGUAGGAGAAGAUAUCUCCCACGCAGAGGCCGAGAACAUCCUGAGCUCGGCAUUGUUCGACUACGAACUCAAGUCUCUGUGUCAAUACCACAUGGAAAUCGACAACAAGAAUUGUGCCUUGGGAGAAGCCCGGAGGUUGGGGUUCAAGAUGUCUAAUGCCUUGGUGAAUGCCUACCGGGUUGAAAGGAUCAUCGAAUAUCAGCACCUGCCGCCCAGAUAUGACCCAUCCCUCACCUUCGAGGUGUCACAAAUGAACCUGCGGCCAACACCCCGAGGCGGCUCAUCGCGGCGACCCAUUGGAGGCAGCGAAGACCCCGGCUCCUACAACCGGUCCAAUUAUGCGGGGGCUGCACCGCCCCUCCAGAGGGAGUCCAGGCGGCCGGAGGACUACUAUGGCGAAAGCAGGGGCCCACGAGUGGUUCGGAAUCCGCAGCCAGGACCUUCAACAGCCGGUGCCGCAGCAGCAUCUGUGGAUACCUUGGUGGAUGACUUUCCAUCCCUGGGAGAGUCCAUGCUGGGCCGCAAGCCGCCCCCUGGUUACUUCAACUACAGCAGCAGCACGCAGUCCCCCAAUGAGAGUGACACGGACAGUUUCACAACUGAGUGCAGCAUAUCAAGUGGUGCCAGGCCAAAGACUACAGGAGCCGCUGCAGCUCGCCGCAGUGUUGCCAGUUCGCUAGCGGCCCAGUUUACAACGUUAGCACCGACGGAGCAAGGCAUUGGUCGGGGCGCGCCAGUGGCCGGACCAAGCCAUGUGCAGUCUCCAGGCGGCAACUCCUUUUUCCAGAUGCCGAGACAGCCCCGCACCGAGCCAGCCUACAUCAAGAUUCGAAAGCCAUCGGAUGACCUUGUUGGUGGCAAAGGCAUGGGAAGAGGCAAUUUUUGAAAACUUCCAGCAACAGCUCCAGAGUGCCUUCCUUAUUGACUGAAAACUGUGAUGGAACUCUUGACACUGUGGCAAGCAUGCCACUUUUUUUUUUUUUAAACGUUACCCAACUGCUCCAGCGUACCUUGACUGAAGACUGUGAUGGAUUUAUUGACACUGUGGCUAGCAUGCCGCUUUUUUUUUUAAUGCUACCCUAGACAUUAUUGUUUUUACUCCUGUCAAAAGUGCUGACUUUUUGUGUUCUGUGAAAUAAAUUUCUCUGUUUUAGGCAUCUGU